GGCCAACCCACACCACCGCACCACGCACCUCCACCACCAGAAGAAAAAACCAAGGCGGAGGGCGGAGAGGAGAGCAAGGAGGGAGAAGGGGGGGAAAGGGAAAUAAAAAUAAAAGAGGAGAGGCGAAGCAAGGAGAGCGAGCACCCCAGACCCAGAGGCAGGGGAGGGGGGGAAUAAUUCCGCAGGGGUCGAGGGAUCUCGGCGGGUCCGGCCGCGGAGGAGCACCGGCGAGGCGGCGAUCCGAGGGCGAUCGGAGGCGGGCGAGCGUCGACGCCGGCGAGAUUUGUGUUGAUGACAAGCCAUGAACAGCGCAACCACCAGUUGUUAACUAACCCUCUUGUAAACUUCAAGCAACCGAAGCGAAGAGCAGAAAUGGUGUUCCAAAAGAGGUCGUCGUCAGAGAUGGAGUCGUGCGGUGGAGGCCAAGUCGCGGAGAUGCCGCGCGUUCCCAAGUCUGCAAGGGGCAAGAGAUCGGUCAGGAAGAAGGAGGCCCAGAGCCCGGCCCAGAUGUCCGCAUUCGACCUUCUCGCGACGGUGGCAGGGAAGCUGCUUGAUGAGGGGGUGGGCUCGCUGGGGAACAUGAGCGCCGGUGCCUCUGCCUUGGCUGCGUGCGCGAAGGAUGUCCGUGUGAAGCAGGAGCAGUGUGAUGAGGAAAUGAAGCAGUUCAAGCAUGAGGUGACGGAUCAGGACAGCUGCAAUGAGAGUGCAAUUCUCCCCCACAUUGCUUUCCAGCGGGCGGUGAAUAAUGCUCGGACUGAGGAUCCUAAGGCGAAAUCUGAGGCCCAGGACAAGGAAUCCUCCAUGAUCAGCUGUACCAAGGCUGAAUUGGGUUGUAAUUUUGGUGUGAUCGCAGAUAGGUGGUCGCCUGAAUCCGUGGAAUCAGGAGCCUUCACAGGAGAUGCAGUGGCGAGCCUGAUGCCGACGGCCCCAGCAGGAUUUCAUAAGAAUGCACCCGAAAUGUAUAAUUUGCUUGAUUCAAUGGAUGUGGAUGCCAAGCCUCCUCCUUUGGUCAGCUCUGACAGCACCGGAGAGAUGCCAUUGUAUGGCGAUAAAAUUCACCGCUCAACCUCCUUACCAAGGGGCCCAAAGGGAGUGGGGGGUUUUGCUGUAGAUAGAGAUGAUGACGACGAUAAGUCCUCUGGGUGCACUCAUCCGAGCACCACCACUAACAGGGAUUUCAGGUCCAAUUGUACAGCUGAGUAUAGUAGGGUAAGGAAGCUGCUCACUAGUAAGUACAGGAAAGUUGCUCCAGCGAGGAUUCACAAAUCUGAUCUUUCCUAUAGUGAUGUCGAGCGGAAGCCUUCUUUCCGGAACAAGAAAAUGCAUUAUACACGACAGAGGACACAAAGGAGUACAUUCAAGCGGAGGAAGCUCUUUGAUCGCCAUUCAGUUCUAGCAUCUGAAUUUGGUGCAGCAAAUGGAAAGGGAAGCACAAAGGUUACCGGAAGAGACUCUCAUGCUGAAGCAAACAAGGGGACUAAUUCAAUGCCAUUCCAGAAAUCUUGUGUGUCAAAUGAUUGCCAUGUGAAACUUAGAAUUAAGUCUUUUAAGGUGCCUGAACUUCUUGUUGAAAUCCCAGAAAGUGCAACUGUUGGCUCACUAAAGAAAACUGUUCUUGAGGCGGUGACUGCGAUUCUUGGAGGUGGUCUACGUGUCGGUGUUCUUCACCAUGGAAAGAAAGUCAGAGAUGAUAGUAAAACGUUAAUUCAGGCUGGGAUUGGCCAGGAUGAUAUGCUGGACAACCUAGGCUUUUCACUUGAACCCAACUGUACACAAAACCCACAAGUCCAAGUUCCUGAAGAUAUCAGUUUCCUUGAAACCAUUGAUACUACCGAACCCCUUGCAAGGAUUGCACCUGCUGACUCAUGUUCUAAGCAUGGUGAAGUGGAUGUAUCACAGGAGCUUGCAUUGACCCCAUUAGCAAUGAACUACCAGGGCAGUGAUCAUGAUUCUGUGCACUCCCCUCGGGGUGUCUCAUCACCCGAUAAAGUGUCCACACACUCGCGAGCUUUAGUUCCAGUUCCAGCUGCAGAUCCCAAUGCAGGAGCUGUAGUUCCAGCGAAUAAGUCUAAGAGGUCACCAGAGCAGGGGCAACGCAGAAUCAGGCGCCCGUUUUCUGUUGCUGAAGUAGAAGCACUUGUGCUCGCAGUUGAAAAGCUUGGAACGGGAAGGUGGCGAGAUGUUAAACUUCGCGCUUUUGACAAUGCAAAGCACCGUACUUACGUUGAUCUUAAGGACAAAUGGAAGACGCUGGUGCACACAGCGAGCAUCUCGCCACAGCAGCGGCGUGGCGAGCCGGUGCCUCAGGAGCUGCUCGACCGGGUCCUGGCGGCCCAGGCCUACUGGUCCCAGCAGCAAGCCAAGCUCCAGCCUAAGACGCCCCCGCUGGCUGAGGCUCGCUUGCUCACCUAAUAAUUCGAUGAUCCCGGCUGAUGGCCUCCUCCGAGGCCAUUGCAGCCUUUGUAUAAAGUCAGUAAGUCAGUCAGUCCCUUCACAGGAGGUUUAAGGAAGAUAUAUUAGAAAAAAAGAAUACAUAUAUAAGGUACAAGAAGCAUUGACCGAUUUGUUGUAAUAUCUACUCACCACCGGUUAUUCUUUAAGCCAGGAUUCUCUCUCCUUGUGAAUUUAACCAAAGGAAAGGGUAUUUCUUUGGCAAAUUGUACAUGUUGAUGAUGGAAGAAGAAGAUGAUCCAUGAACUGAGAUCUGCAGUGUCUACUACUAAUGGCUCACAAUUUUUGCAAUUGUGAUUAAGAAAUUCAAGGUCCUGCUUAACCAAGCUCUCCGGCUCCAGCUCCAGCUUUUGGAUUCUCUUGUGAAGUUGUUGCCUCCUUACAGAAGCUGGUGUAUUCGGCUUGAAUUGCAGCCUAUAUAGUCUGACCCACUCAUACAGACGGCCACAGAAGCCGUAAAAGGAGGGUAGCUUCUUUUGUUGAGUUUAGGCUUUUGGAGCAAAGCUCCAGCAUCGAAGUCUAGGCUGAGACGGAGCGAGGCCAAAGCGGCACCGAAAGGGAGCUUCAGAUUCUUUUGUUCAAUUGAAUUCAUUCUUUUGUUAGUGGAGAGUGACGGAAGGAUAGGAGAUUAGGAGGGAUGGAUCUUUGGUUCACUUUUCCUUUUUUUUUUCUUCUUCUAUUACAUUAACUGUAUGUUAUUUCACCAAUCAUGUAGUUACCCUCAAAUUUGUAAUUGAUGAAUUAACAAAAUGGAAGGAAAUACUUUUAUACCA